AUGAGCAAGCUCAUCAUUCUCUCCACAGUUCUAAUUGUGGCAGCAGUCGCUGUUGCUAUAGCAUCAUUGGUGUUGAAUAUUGUUAUUUUAACAAAUACUAACUCUAUCAUAAACACUACGCCCUCUGAUGUUGUUCAUGAGUUCAUUACUUACAAGACUUAUUGUAAUGCUCCAGAUUGUAAAGUCUCGAACGCAAGUGGAUGGCAGGAGGCCGGGCAAAGGUUGCUCCAAGGACUUGAUAUGAAUAUUGAUCCUUGCGAAGAUUUUUACGCUUUCACAUGUAACAAGUAUCUCGGACAAAUUGAUUUGAAGGCUUUGGGUGUUUCGAGAAAAGGAACUUAUGCAGAUUCGCAGAUCAACGUUAACGCACAAAUUGCUUCCGCUCUCUCAAAAGUUAACGCCAAGUCUUCUUUAACAGAAAGAAUCACUCAAACGGCUCUCAAUUCCUGUGUCAAAGCAGCCAAUAGCGAUCUUCCAAACCUCAAUAAGAGAAUCGGUGAAGAUAUUCGUAAGAUAUUUACUGGUAUUCCUUUCCUCAACGAGAAGCUCGGAAAGGAUUUGAACUUAUUCUCCGCUGCUGGAAAAAUCGAACAACAACAUGCUUUGGGAACUUUGUUCUUCUCUUGGUCAACUGUUGAUUAUAAGAACAUUUCUCAGAACGCUCUCUAUAUUUCACAACCUUCUCUCUCUCUUCCCUUGGAUUACUAUGUGAAGCCACAGUUCAUGGAUAAGUUGACUGCUCGCAAAGACAGCAUUUUAUCCACAAUGAAACAGUUUGCCAUUGAUUCCCAAGUAAAGGCUAAUCUCAACCUCGAAGAUGCUGCCGAGAAAGUUACUCAAUUUGAGGUUCUCAUUGCUUUGGCUUCCUGGCCCGAUGAUUUGUUGAGAAACUACCGUUUGCAAUACAACAAAUUCUUCUUGAAGACUCUUAACACUUCAUACCCAAGUGUUGAUUGGCUUGCUUACAUGUCUGGUCUUCUUAACGGAGUUCAAAACGCUGCCCAAAUCGCUACUGAUGGAGUUGUUCUAUCUCAACCAUCUUACUUCUCUUGGCUUGAGUCUGUUUUCGCCGGAAACUUGGUUGAUAAAGAGACAAUCUCCAAUUACAUGAUUGUCAAUUGGCUAAUGGAUGAUGCUGGUUUCUGGGGCCCAAUGCAGAAGGUUGUUCGUGAGGCCAACUAUGUUCCAUAUGUUUACCGCAAAGGAAAUGGCGCCAGAAAAAUCGGAAGACGUUACGAACGCCGUUUCGAUAACGAUGGUGUUAGUAAUGUCUGUUUAGAUCUUAUUAUGGCUUAUAUGCCUUAUGGACCCGGAUACGUAUAUGUUCAAAGCAUCGACAACCGCAAAGCAAUGGUUGCUGAUGUCACUCGCCAAACCACCAUGAUUAUCGAUGCCUUCAAGGGUAUGAUCAAAAGUCUCGCUUGGAUGACUUCAACAGCUAAGCAGAACGCUUUCGACAAAGCUGCCAAUCUAUUCAAGAACUACGGAUACCCCAGCGCCAACUUCCUUGAUUUCGACAAUAUUACUAAAGUUGAUGCCUAUCAUCAAGAUUACGUUGAUAUUCUCAAGUAUGGUGAAAAUGACUUCUAUGAUAUUCUUCUUGUUCUCAAGAGAGGUAUGGAAGUUCGUGAAGCAUUCAGACUUCUUUCUGAACCCGCCAAUCGUUACAACUUCUUACAAUCCCCUGCCAUGGUUAAUGCUUGGUAUCAACCUGAACGCAACUCUAUCACCUUCCCAAUCGCUGCUUGGAACCCACCAUAUUAUAGCUUGAAUUAUCCUCAAGCUUAUAACUUCGCUGGACAAGGAGGAACUGGAGGACACGAACUUACUCAUGGUUACGAUGAUGAAGGUGUUCAAUUCGGGCCAACUGGAGCUCUUAUGCCAUGCUCAUGGAACAGAUGUGGAUGGAUGGAUGAUCAAUCAUCUGAUGGUUUCACUGAUAUGGCUCAAUGUGUUGUCUCACAAUUCAAUACCCAAUGCUGCCCUGUCCAAACUGGUAAUGUUCACUGUGUUGAUGGUUCUACUACCCAAGGAGAAAACAUUGCUGAUCUCGGAGGUCAACAAGCUGCUUAUUACGCCUACAUGCAAUACAUUUCUGAGGUUAACAAGGGAGUUGUAGAAAACAGAAUUCCCGGUAUGGAGCAGUUCAGUCCAAAUCAAAUCUUCUGGAUAACCUACGGUUACUCAUGGUGUAUGAAGCAGACUACAGAAAGCCUUGUCAACCAGCUUUUAACUAAUCCUCAUUCUCCUGCUCAAUGCAGAACAAACCAAGUGAUGCAAGAUAUUCCAGCAUUCGGCAGCGAUUUCAACUGUAGAAGAGGAUCUCCUAUGUAUCCUACUGAUGAUAAAAGAUGUAAGGUGUGGGUUGGCUUCUAA